GUGGGGGUUGGGAGAGAGAGGGAGAGGGAGGGAGAGGGAGAGGGUCCGUCGUCUGCCUUCAUCACAUUCUCCCACGAUAUCAGAGAUUGCGAGGAGGAUGGCGAGGAGCAAGGGAAACGUUGCAGCAUGUUUGAAGAUUUAUCAAGACAAUGAUGAUGAGAAGAAGGGUCCUCGUAGGAGAUCUCUGGCCAUUGAUUUAGGGAAACCUGUGAAGAAACCUCCCGUGAACAUGCGUAAAUCGGUGGCUUCUCAACCUACUCGGGAGGGCUUGUCAUUUGGUUGUAAAGCUAACAAAACUGCGAUGGUUUCUACGUCUAAUAGACUGAGCAUGUUGAAGAAGCAAAUUGGUUCUACUGAAAGAAAUGUGGGAAAGAGCGACAUAUCUUUUGAGAAAGGCAAAGUUGGAAGAAAAGCAUUGGCCGACGUUAGCAAUGUCAAUGACUGUCAAAACAAGGGCAGAAAGAGGGAUAGUUCUCUGCCUACUAAGGUCACUCAAACAGGAAAGGGGCAUGCUCUAACAGCAAGAAGGGUCGAGAAAGGAGAUAGGCUUUCUUUGAGAAGUUUAACAAUUAAGAGGGCUGCUGGAAGCAGGAUUACGAGACAAUCUACCAUGACUGUUAGAACAUCAAUACAAACAAAGUUAAAGGCUUCCACAGUGAGCAAAUCAAAGCUUCCACCAACUCAGAGAAAUCUGUCAACAUCUGCUGCUGUAAGGUCAUCAGCGGACAAGGAGAGCAAAAAUACACUGAGACCUCUUAUUGUGAAGGAUGAUUCAACUAGUUUGUGCAGUAGUAGCUUGGAUAAAUCUCAACCUGGAGGCACUAGAAACUCAGGAAAUGCAAUUACAACAGUUAUUGCUAGACCAAGGAAAAAGAAACGAAGAUCUUUCACUUCUAUGCUAAUGGCUAGAUCUGAGGACAAGGUUCCAAAUAUUGAUGAUAAAAAUAACGAACUUGAAGUGGCCGAGUAUGUGGAGGACAUCUAUCAGUUCUAUUGGACUAUGGAGGCACAGAGUUCAUUGCCUGCAGACUACAUGGUGAUUCAAACAGAUAUUACUCCUAGGAUGAGAGCAAUACUGAUCAAUUGGUUGAUUGAAGUUCACAUGAAGUUUGAGUUGAUGCCAGAGACUCUCUUUCUUAUGGUAGAGUUGCUUGACAGAUUUUUAUCCGCUAAUGUGAUUAAGAAAAAUGACAUGCAGUUGGUUGGGCUAACCACACUACUGAUAGCUUCCAAAUAUGAAGACUUUUGGCAUCCUAAGGUUGAUGACUUGAUUAGCAUAUCUUCAGAUUCUUAUACAAGAGAAGAAAUGCUUUCAAUGGAACGAUUUGUUCUCAACAAAUUGAGAUUCCGUUUAAAUGCACCUACUCCAUAUGUUUUUAUGAGAAGAUUUCUUAAAGCUGCUCAAGCCGAUGCUAAGCUUGAACACCUAUCGUUUUACUUGGUUGAGCUAUGUCAAACUGCUUAUGAAGCUUUGAAAUUUAAAGCUUCAUUGCUAUGUGCUUCUUCAAUCUACCUAGCAAGGUGCACUCUACGGAUAUCUCCGGCUUGGACAACACUGUUGCAGAAGCAUACCGACUAUGAAGAAAUGGAACUGAGACCGUGUGCAGAAAUGAUCUUAAGAUUCCAAAAAUGUGCAAGUGUGGGAGAACUUACCGUAAGCUACGAGAAGUAUUUGAGCUCAAAAUGCAGUGGCGUGGCAGGCAUAAAGCCCAUCAAUAGGCUUCCUGCUGUAUUAUCUUAAAGGGGUUGCAGACUUAUGGCUCUUUUUGAAUGCCAGGUUUGCCAAAAGUAUGGAAACAAUUUCAAAUGUUGUCAGUAGAUUGUAACAAAUUGUUGUGCCAUGGAAUAGCUUCUUUUCUUAUUAGAAGAUUCGUCAUACAAAGUCGGUGAAGCUUUAUUUUGUCAAUGACGGAAAUGUUGCUUUAUUUUGUCAAUGACGGAGAUGUUGUAUUAUUAAUAACUCUUCGUUGCAUACCAUUUUCUUAUCUGUGAUCUCUUUA